GUUAGAUCAUGAGGCAGCGUAAACAUAAACACUCGCUCGCUAGACCAGGGUAGAUGAUAACGACUGAAGAGUUACUACAAACUAAACAGAUACACAGAAUAUGGAACGUUGGGUUGGUCGGGUAGCGCUGGUGACCGGAGCUUCGGUUGGGAUAGGGGCCGCAAUUACACGAGCUCUCGUUAAGCAUGGAAUGAAAGUAGUUGGCUGUGCUAGAAACGUCCAACAAAUUGAGGUAAUAAAAAACGAGUUAAAAUCAGAAAAGGGACAACUUAUUCCAGUGAAAUGUGAUCUAACGAAAGAAGAGGAGAUUCUCACCAUGUUUGGGCGGAUCCAGAACGAAUUAGGGGGUGUGGAUGUUUGUAUUAACAACGCUGGAUUAGCUCAUAACGCACCCCUCCUGUCUGGUAGUACGGCAGAUUGGCGGAAUAUGCUGGAUGUGAAUGUUUUAGGCCCUUGUAUUUGUACCAGAGAAGCUUUUCAACAGAUGAAGAAAAAUAAAGUAGACGAUGGUCAUAUUUUUCUUAUCAACAGUAUGUCUGGACAUCGUGUGGUUCUAAAUCCCGGUGGACAUUUUUAUUCGGUUUCAAAAUAUGCUGUAUCUGCAUUAUUGGAAGGAAUAAGGAACGAACUCGUUCAACUGGGAACCCACAUACGUGUUACGGCGGUCAGUCCUGGAAUGGUGAAAACGGAGUUUGAAAUUAGACGAACAAAAAGUAGAGAGGAAGGAGAGAAAAUUUAUGCAGAGUAUCAGUCUGUAAGUCCUGGUUUAGUAGCCACGGAAUUCCACCAAAGAAUGCACAAAAGUGAAGAGAAGGCACAAGCUAUUUUCAGUCACCUCAAGUGUUUGGAGGCUGAUGACAUAGCAGACGCAGUUGUAUAUGCACUGAGUGCACCACCACAUGUACAAAUUCACGAUAUCCGACUGCGGCCUACGGAACAGAAAUCCUAACUCUAUGAUUUCGGAGAUCUAUAAAAUAUUACAGUUGUUUUUUUAACAUUAAUUUCUUUUUUUUCAUACAUCCGUAUACAUCAGUAUACAGUACUUCACUGGUUACGUAGUUUAGCUAUAUUUGUACCUCCAUUAUCGGUGAUUAUAUUACAUGUACACUGAUACAUGUAUAUACACUGCGGAUCUGAAGUGAAAAUAUUGUUGGAUUCAAAGAAAAUAAAAGGUUACUCACUUCA